CUUGCUGUGACAGAAUGGGCGCUGGUGGCGAGAGAGCUGGAGAACGCACGAGACAUCAUGGUGCUCUCGCUUGCCAGCCGUGCCAUGUUCAACAACCUCCCAUACCUGUUGCCGAAGCACGUGCGAGACUUCCACGCCCUCUCUGGCGUUUGUUGGGACCGACCAAUGACAAGAAAUGCUCAGCAUGACGAUGAUGAUGGCGAUGGUGAUGGCUAUGGCGGUGGUGAUGGUGAAGAGAAGACCGGUGCCCAUCACAACACUCACGGAUGCAGCGGACACACCGAGAAGGAGGAGCACGACAACGAUGCCGCACUAGCCGCGGGUAUUCGUGUGUAUGACUUCAACAAGGACCGCUUCUACGCCUACAGCUGGAUUGGUGUGUGGUGGCAAAUUGGGUUGAUAACCAGGCACCUUGGUGCCAUUGCCCACGAGGAGCGAUUCCACCGACUUGUGCGGCUUUCCGUUCGUGCGCGCGUGGUACCGCCCCCGCGCGUGGUGUUGCAGUGUGCGGAAUUGCGGUUUGCCAACGUGACCGGAGUGUGCCGGCGCCUCGCCAAGGCCAUGGAGUGCAUGGAUGCGCUCGAGCAGCAACGCAAGCACCGGCCUCGCGUGAUGAUUCGCAUGCUCCGAUCCCUGCCGGAGUCAUCUGUCCUCCAACGCAUACUGCCCGUGCAACACGCCACCUUCGUCAUCAACACGCCCGAGAGCCUGUCGCAGCUACAAGCCGCCUUGGCUGCGUUCGCUUCCGCCACACCGCGCGACGAAGGAGAAGCUGCAAAGCCCGGCAACGACAACCGCGCCGACCAGAGCAACGAUGCUGACGUUACCGCUCGCCGCCGCCCAGGACAGGCACCAUGGGCUUUCGAGCAGCUGCGACUCGAAGGCACCAUCACCGUCGUGUCCGGCAUAUCUGGUGUUCGGCGCCUGGUCGUCGGCAUGUCUUCAAUCGAGCACAUUCACGACAUCCAAGAUGUCCAAGAGCUUGAGAUCACGCACGGCCACAACCUUCGCCGCAUCGAGCGCAUACAGGACUUGAGCAGCGUCACCAUAUCCGACCUGCGCCACGACUCUGCACUGCGCGGACUCGUCGGUGUACCAACGGUGGAAGUGCAGGCACACAGUGAGCUGGAAGACAUGGAUAUGGAGCCGCUUCGUGAAUCGCUGCACGUCACACUCCGCUCCUGCGGUGUCCACGACAUCAGCUGCCUGACAAGUGCACGUGUGCUCACCCUCAAUGUGUGCCCGCGCAUCACCGCCGUCGGUGCCCUCCCCAACCUGCGCGUGCUCGAUGCAUCGGCGUGCUGGGAGCUCGUGUCUGUCGACUUGACCAACCUGCUCAAGGUGAGCGUGCGCCACCCCAACAAGGAGUUUCGCUUCACGCCCUCCACCUCUUCCACGCGGCUGAAGUCCUUGGCAGUUGAGGGCCUCACGCUGCCCGCUGGGCUCGAGAGCCUUCCAUCCGCGCCCCAUUCUCUCGACCUGUUCAUCAAUCCAGAGCUGUACCUGGGUCGUCUGCGGCGCGCUGAUAUGUUCGCCGCGCGUCCUCGGCGUGCGCGGAUGACGAUGACCGCGGCCAACCUUGGCGUUGCGGUGGGUGCCGAGCAUGUGGGUAUCGCGUGGUACCACAACACCCGCUCCGCAGAGCUGGAUGUCUCUGCCUUGGCCGCUGCGCAGUCGCUGGUGCUGGAGGCCGCCUCGUGCAGCGUGCGUGGGCUUGAGCACUUGCAUCGGCUCCAGCGGCUCGACGUCGAUGGCGCUUACAUGGCAGACCCCAGCGUGCUCGCUGCCCUGCCCCACUUAACCCACCUCACAUACCGAGAGGCACCAGCAGGGGUUCUUGACGUGCGCGCGCUGUCAUCCCUCGUACACCUCAACAUCCACAGCGUGGCUUCCCUCAAUGACGACGCUGACGACGAUGGCGAGGGACACACUGGUGGUGAUGGUGAUGGUGGUGGGCGUGGGCUGCACUGGGACAGCAUGCUGUUUGGCCUUGGAGGUGGGCCUGGUGCACAUCGGGAGCGUGGGCAGGACGAGGGAGGUGCAAGGACCAGUGACAAUGACGAGGAGGAGCGUGAACGUGAGGGGAGUGACGCCGGUGUGCAUGGCGCACUUGGUGUGGUGGUGGUGGUGGUGAAAGGCCUGGGCUGCCUCAAGCACCUGUGCCGCUUGAACUUGUGGAACGUGCACAUUGAGGACGCGCCGAUUGUGAGAGACUGUGCGCAGGUUCAGAUUGCACGUGUGACGGGCGCGCUGACGAUUGACCGAGCCAGCACUGUCACAAUCACAUCAUGCACGACGCGCCUUGGUGUAACUGCACUGAGAGACUGCAACCACGUGCUGCUGGAAGCAUGCCCGCUGACUUGCGUGAGAGCCAUCAACGACAUUGGCACGCUUGAAAUUCGACGAUGUGACGGUGCUGACUUGAGUGGCGUGUCUCGUGUGGGACGCCUGCUGUGGAAGUGUCACUCUGCAAGCCCCUUGCUAACGCUUGGACCCUCUGUGGAUGUGAUCAAGGUUGAGGUGGAUGGUGGCCGACGCGGCUCAUGGCAGGCCGUAUCCAUGUCCACUGAGCAACGUACACGUUGGCUCCGCGACGUCGUGCUGCCCGCAACCGCAACAUGA